AUGAGUGCCUGCAUAUAUUUUUGUCUCCUUUAAUUGAUAGCAAGUAUCAUCUACCCACUGAGACAGACUUACCAAGCUUAUAAAUUACAGGAGAAACUAUAAAUUUGGGUUGUGUAUUGGAUUUUGAUGAGUUCAAUAUAUUUAUUAGAGGAAAUAUCAUUCGGAAUAUUGUUCAUGAUCCCAGGAUACUCAAUGUUUAAGACUUUUUAUGCGAUCUGGCUUUAUCAUGAAAAAACCCAAGGAGCCUUGGUUGUUGGCACAUUGCUUAAACCAGUAUUUAAUAAAGUCAAAGGCAUUAUGGCUCCAUUUUAAGAGAAAUUAGAUAUUCUUGAAAAAGUUAAAUGA